GAGCUAACCGCUGAAGUCACAGACUAUGAAAUUGGCGUGAUUUCAAUUCCCUACUAAAAUGUCCAAAAUAUCGCUUAAUUCUAUAAGAAAAAGAUGAACGUUGGCGAUAUGGACGAGCAAUUCAUUUUGAGACUUCCGCUGACGGAAGCGGAAAAAAUUCGCAAUAUCCUGAAAACAAAGCCGGAGAGGCUGAAAAAAUACUUGAAAAUAGACUUGGACGUUUCGAAACACGAAGGAGUCGUGUACGUCGGCAAAAAGAAGCUGCGGGCUUGCUUGCGAAAGUUCCCGACCAUAAUAGAGUCGUAUAAGACCAACAUUUGCGGGGAUGUAGCGAAUUUGUACAAAACCGCCGACGUUUGUCACAUUUUGGAGUGUGUCGAUGGCGUCGCUGAACCGCGCAAGAAACGCUUAAGCGCCGGUUACACUGCCCCGUUGAAAAACGCGAAGAGCAGGUUUCGGAAAACUCUAGUCAAUACCGAGGUUGCCGAAGACACCGAGCUCAUCGCGAAGGAAUUGUAUUACCUGUUCAGUACCGAUCUGGAAGCCACCUCGUCCAGAUUCGAGAUAAUUUACAAUGAAGAUUACAACCGCAUCCAGAAUCCCAGUAAUGUGCUGUUUGGUGAUGUUUCCAGUGAAUCCGGCGACGAUUGUUAUUAAACCGUUUUGGAC